AAGAGGAUCGCAGCCGUUUAAAGGCUAAGCACCCGAGAUCAAUCUUUAGUCAUACGCGCUUCGUUCAUUCGUUACGAGAAGCAUCCACAUUCAAGCUCUCGUCUUUUUGUGUCCCCCCGCCAAUCUAGACAAACCCAUUGCUCUUUCUCAGAUCUUGUCUUUUUUAGCACCACCCUUCUCACUUUCCUCUCUCUCUCUCUCUCUCUCUCUCUCUGUGCAAAAGUUUCUGUUUUUCUGAUCUGCAACUGUGAAGGAGGUUUAAUCAUGGCGGACUGGGGGCCAGUGAUAGUAGCAGUGUUGUUGUUCGUGCUAUUGAGUCCGGGAUUGUUGUUUCAGAUGCCGGCAAAAGGAAGGGUGGUGGAGUUUGGGAACAUGCAGACAAGUGGUGCUUCUAUUUUGGUCCAUGCCAUCAUUUACUUUGGCCUCAUCACCAUCUUCGUUAUUGCCAUUGGUGUCCACAUCUAUACUGGAACUAAAGUAAACGUGGUCCCUUGGGAUUGGCAGAAGUGGAAGGGUAUUGGAUUGGUGGUAGGAUGGAUCGAUGAUGUCUUUGCGUUUAAGGUUAAUUACUAAGGCAUAAAUUAUUUUAUAAGAAAAAAUUUGUGGCCAACACUAAGCAUAGAUUCAUCUACUUUACAAGCAAAAUCGUAACUUUGAGGCUAAAUAGAGAACAUGUGGAGGCAGUAUAUGGCCAUGCAUGGGGGACCCAUUUGAGUAAAGGUUGCACAAAGUCAUUCUACUUGUAUCUCAAACCUACAGCUUGCUUGCAAAGAACAUAUGAUCAGAUGAGGGAUUCAAAGUCCAUCGAUUAAAGAAAAACGAUGAUGGCUCUUAAAAUUAUUACAAUAGCUUCUUGGAGGGGUCCUUUGCUCUUCCUCUUCCGCUUGUUCGCCUCAAUCUUUUUUUU